GCUGAAGCAGACACCACUUCCCCAAUCUCCAGGAGCCAUUUUAACAGCACCAAACUUGCCGGAUUGCUUUUCAGUCUCAAGCCCAGAGGACGAAACUUGAAGACAGAGUUUAAAGGCCCGAGAAGACCAAGAGAAUUAUUUCAGAAAAAGUGCCAGUUUGCUAGAAUGUCAACGAACCAAGGAAACCUGAAGCACUCCUUUCUCUGAAGAGGCCUGGGUCUGCAGGAACUGCACAGACUUGCCUGAGGGGCUUUACCACACCGGCACUGCACCCCACUGCUCCAGACUUGGACCUGUUUGGGACUCUCUCAUGUGGAUCUAAGGGGAAUGCUUUACUAUGGCUGCUGUUGCCCAACAGAAGGACCUAGUGUUUGAAUUUGCAAGUAACGUCAUGGAGGGUGAGCAGCAGGUGAGCCAGAAAAAAUGGGCUUGGCGAUCCUGCUAUAUUUCCUGCUGUCAUUGUGGAACAUGUUCCUGGUGCUGAUAUUCUCAAUAGUUAUGCUGGUCUAGCCUGUGUGGAAGAGCCGAAUGACAUGAUUACUGAAAGUUCAUUGGAUGUUGCUGAAGAGGAAAUCAUAGACGACGAUGACGAUGACAUCACCCUUACAGUUGAGGCUUCUUGUCAUAAUGGAGAUGAAACAAUUGAGACCAUUGAGGCUGCUGAGGCACUCCUCAAUAUGGAUUCUCCUGGCCCUAUACUGGAUGAAAAACGAAUAAUAGAUAAUAAUAUAUUUAGUUCCUCUGAAGAUGACAUUGUUGCUCCAAUCACCCAUGUGUCCGUCACAUUAGAUGGGAUUCCUGAAGUGAUGGAAAAUCAGCAAGUGCAAGAGAUAAAUGUAGACUCCCCAGGAGCCUCAUCCCCAGAACAACCUAAAAGAAAGAAAGGAAGAAAAACAAAACCACCACGACCAGAUUCCCCAGCCACUACACCAAAUAUAUCGGUGAAAAAGAAAAAUAAAGACGGGAAGGGAAACACAAUUUACCUUUGGGAGUUUUUACUGGCUCUGCUUCAGGACAAAGCUACCUGUCCUAAAUACAUCAAAUGGACACAACGAGAAAAAGGCAUUUUUAAACUGGUCGAUUCUAAAGCAGUGUCUAGAUUGUGGGGGAAGCACAAAAACAAACCUGAUAUGAACUAUGAGACCAUGGGAAGAGCACUCAGGUACUAUUACCAAAGAGGUAUUCUUGCAAAAGUGGAAGGUCAGCGCUUGGUGUAUCAGUUUAAAGAAAUGCCAAAAGAUCUCAUAUACAUAGAUGAUGAGGAUCCAAGUUCCAGCAUAGAGUCUUCGGAUUUCUCCUUAUCUCCAACAACCACAUCCAGUCGGAAUCAAGCAAACCGAUCAAGAGUAUCUUCAAGUCCAGGAAUAAAAGGAGGGGCCGCUACAAUUCUGAAACCAGGGAAUUCUAAAGCUACAAAACCCAAAGAUCCUAUGGAAGCUGGACAGCCAUCAGAGGUUGUGAGGACAGUGCAGUCCUCCCAGGCUCCCUAUCCUACCCAGCUCUUCCGGACUAUUCAUGUGGUACAGCCAGUACAAGCGGUUCCAGAAGGAGAAGCAACCAUAACCAGCACCAUGCAGGAAGAAACAGCAAAUUCUUCCAUUCAGAGUAUUAGGACGAUACAGGCUUCAACCCAGGUUCCAGUGGUCGUGUCUCCUGGCAACCAGCAGUUGCAUACAGUAACACUCCAGACAGUGCCACUCACCACGGUUAUAGCCAGCACAGACCCGUCGUCAGGUGCCGGGUCCCAGAAAUUUAUUCUACAAGCCAUUCCAUCAUCACAGCCCAUGACUGUACUGAAAGAAAACGUCAUGCUGCAGUCGCAGAAGCCGGGCUCUCCUCCUUCCAUUGUCUUUAGCCCCAGCCAUUUACAACAGGUCCUCACAAGCAAUGUUCAGUCCAUUUGCAACGGAGCUGUCAGUAUGGAUUCAUCUCCGUCCUUCAGUGCUACUACACCUGUGGUGACCUUUUCUCCAAGUUCCCAGCUGGUUGCACACCCACCUGGCACUGUGAUCACUUCUGUCAUCAAAGCUCAGGAAACAAAAACUCUCAAACAAGAGGCAGAGGAAAAGUUUGAAGAGCAUUUAAAUGAAGACACUGAACAGCAGCCCUAUGUGAUGGUGGUGUCCAGUUCAAACGGGUUUCCCUCUCAGGUAGCCAUCAAACAGAACGAACUGCUAGAGCCCAACUCUUUUUAAUUAGCACACCAAAGGAAUUAUGGGUGGUUAUUUUUUUAAUUGAACUCUGUUUUUGGUUGUCUGAAAAUAACCUGAUUUUUUUCCUAUGAAAAAUCCACAGAAGUCCCUAAUUUUAUAAUUGUGAAACAUAGUUACUUUUGCCUUUUCUAGAGGAGAAGGAAAACCCAAGUGUUUCUCUUCUCUGUAUGUUUCAGAACUCAGUUGUGAAGGAGCAGGAAUUUUAUAUUAUGAAGAAAUUCUUCUUGAGAUUUUUUUCAGUUGCUAUAUCAUAAGUGUUUUUAAAGUUUCUUUUCUAACUUUACACUGUAUUAGCUUCCUGAAUUGUUUGUAAAUACUACUUAAAUGUAAGUCAACAGGAAAUUUAUAUAGGAAGUAUUUUCAUUCCACUUGUAUAAUUUAAGUCUUGACUCAGAUGCAAGAAACUUAUUUUAUACUGUUAAAAUUAUUAUGAUGUCACUUAGUUGACUGCACUGUUUAAAUAACAUUAUAAAUUGUAAUGUAAGCCCAGUGUGUUGGCACAUGUAAUCCCAGCAGUUGGGAGGUGGACAAAGGGCAAUCAGGAGUUCAAGGCCAGCCUUAGAUAUGUAGUGAGUUUGAAGCCAGCCUGGGCUACAUGAAACCUUAAAAAAAAAAUCCAAAAGAAAGCAACAACAAAAUGAAGUGUGCCCAUGAUAAUGUCUGAACCUGAGUGUCAGAGAUAUGAUAUUAUAAAGGCAGCAGCCUGUGAGUGGCACCUCCACUAGCUAGGUGUGUGACCCUGGGCAGGCUGCUUCAUCUGCUAGAGCCUUUGCCGUUCUGGUAAAAAGAAGGGAUGCACUGGACUACACAAAAAGGCUCUCCAAGUUCCUGUCUUAUCAUAAAUUUUAUGAUUUUUAAUAUCUGUACUUUAAAAUUAUUCAGAAUAUUACCAGAUUAUUUUCUAAUGUAAAUAUAGGUGGAAAGAAUACUGUAUAAAAAUGUUUUCCUCACAAAAUUCUUAUCAGCAAGAUCUACCAUAAAUACUAAGUUCUUUGUUCAUCAAUCCUUGGACCAGCUGGCACUGUGGCUUAUUAGAAACUUAAGUGCUGAGUGCUAAAUGGCAGGCUGCUGUUCUGAGAGUCAGGGCUUCAAAGGGCCAAGAAAGCAACCUGAGUCCUGAGCUAAUGUAGUGGAGUCAGUUGUUGUAAAAGCAUAAUUUUUAUAAUAACUAUAAAAAGCAAUGCUUUUUAUUUCGAUAAAUUUUUUACUGUGGGUGAAGGGGGAAGGAAAUUGCAUACAAAGAUAACAUAUAUCCAAGUUUCUGAAGUAGAGUCUUAGAUUACUUUUUCAACUGUAAAUAAUGUACAUUUAAUGUCACAAGAAAUUGUUUUCUGCAAAUUUUCUAGUAUAGAAAUUUUUGUAGAAGAGAAAUCAUUAUGUUUAGAGGGCUAAUAUUGUAUGUUUUCAUAUUACAAAAUGAAUUUGUAUUUAAACAAAAAUUUAAAUUUUGGAAUCCUCUAAGCAUUUUUGUAUCUUUAAUUGUUUAUUAUUAAAUCAUGUAAAAGUUCUCAAUA